AUGUCUAUACUGCUUACGCAGAAACAUAAAAAAAGAUAUAUAAUCCAAUUUCUUUUCUUUAUUUUCACGCUAUAUAUUUGUUUAAGAAAUAUCGCUCACAAGUCAAAAAAUGGAACUCCAUCCGUUCGCUAUUGUGGCAGAACAUCAAGUAAUUACAAACCGCAAAAGCUCAAAGGUAAACCCUUCGAUAAUCACGCCUUCAAACUGAAGGUUGAUUUUGCAUCAGAAGAUGCCGGAGCAAAGAUCGUGGCGCAAUCAAAGGAUUUAAUCCAUUUGAAAAGGAUUCAAAAUAAUGACCCCAAUUCCUAUCUAUUGGCUCCAUGCCGGAAAAUCGACUGGUUCAUCAUAUCCUUUCCAGAACGCAUCUCGGUGAAACAUGUCGCGUUCGUUUCAUACGAAUAUUAUGCUUCUACUUAUAAAGUUAUACGAAUAUCUAGAUCCCUGGUAUACCCUAGUGAAAAAUGGUUUGUGCUAGCGGAAAUGGAAACGAAGAUUGGCCAAAGCGAGGUUUUCGACAUUUCUGUGAUUUGUGACAAAGGGGAAAGCGUCGGCUGCUGGGCAAAGUACCUGAAAGUCGAGUUCCUAGAUUUUCACAAUUCCGAUGAUAACUACUACUGUUCACUAACCAGUAUGAAAGUGUACGGUAGUACUGCGGUAGAUGUACUAGAGAGUGAAAUCGCAAAUGGGAAUAACAUACAGGACAAAAGGGAUUUUGUGUUGGAUGAUCCGAAUAUAAGAGAGGAAAUUGAAUUGCCCAAUAUGAACGUUGAUAAUACCGCAAGCAAUUAUUUAGCGGAACCUCAACGCACUACCCACAGGUGCAGCGGUUGCUUCGUCGGGGAUCGUAUGAGCGAACGAUUGGGGAUUCACUGCCGUGCUCGUGCGAUGGUCAUAGAUUUCACAAUACGUCUAUCGCUCUUCCAAUUCAUGAAAUGUAUGGCCUCAAGGAGGGAUAGUUAUGGCACGAACCCACGCCUUUAUCUGCGUAUGCUGAGGUUUAUGAAAACAGAAGAAUGUGGAGUGUAUGGCCUUAUAUCAACAUGGAAUGCGAAAAGGGUACGUUCUGUUUAUCGACCAACUUCUAAUGUGCGAUGCUGGAAUAUGAUGUUCCAUGUAAAAUUACCAUUGAAACAUACCUGGUUUGAGAAAAUGGUUUAUCGAAUGGUAAAACAGAGGUGGAUAGACUCAAAAGUGCCCUGGGCAUUGCGUGGAAUCAUGAACAUACCGCUCCUUAUUUGUGUGCGUGACCCUGGACUUUUAGGCAGGUUCACGUGCUACUCUCACUUUGUAUAUACUGCGUUUACGCUGCUAUCUACGCGCAAAAUCAUUGGACUAUCACCCGUAAUUGAUCCUGACUUACCUUUCAAGGCUUUGUAUGUAUUUUUCAGCGAUCAGAGACUAAAACAAGUUGUGCCGGUCUCUAGGAAGGGGGUUGCAAAGGUUUUUGACGGCAAUGUAUUUGUGAAAGGUCUGAGGUUAAUUCUUCCUUUUGGUAACUUUUCUUCAAUGGUUCUAUCGCGUCAUAUGUGUGCUUUAACUCUGAAUAUCCACGUGUUUGAAAAUGUAAAUAAUAUGAGAUAUUUAAUGGAUCUCUUUUUUAAGUCGUACGUCGAAUAUAGAGAUAAUGUGGUAUCCCGGGUGACAAAAGAUUUUAGUUUGCUGAUGCGCAUUGCGUUUUCCUUAAGUAGUAGCAAUUCAACACAAAAUGUUUCAAUGGAUAUUGCGCGGUCUAAACAUGAGAGCAAGAGUUGCAGGUGGAAACCCGCACAGAGUUCAUCUAUAAGCGGCAACGAACAAAGGGCACAUACCAACAAAAGGUCGCAAGGGCACGAACACGUGUUGCUACGAUUAUCAGAACGUGUAAAAGUUUUGGAGACGUUUGCAAACCAGCUCAACAGGAGGGCGCAACAACUCGGCGCUGUUCUAGAGACCUAUCUGAAACAGCUUAAUUAUUUAACGGAUAAAAUCCAGAGCAAGGAUUAUUCAGCAAGCCAUAUGGAUGAACGUGGAAAAGCCGUACUCCAACAUGUGGAUGUUCUCCUUAAGACUUUGAGUGUUAAAUGUGUUCAAGUUGUUUUUUUGCACAAACCGCCAAAUAUACCGUUCGUUACUCGGGGUUGUAUAGAAAAACCGGUAACGGAUUUAUUCUCUACCCUCACGUGUUUCAUCAAAGAUGGUGAAGAAUUAUCUAAGAUUAUACAACAGAACAGUUGUCACGUUGACAGAAUGGUUCCACAGCGAAGGAAAGGUUACUGCAGCCUGGUUGUGCCAAUUAUGCGUAUGAGUGGUUUUAUGCGUCUCUUACAACGUCUUAGACUAUUGAAUUGUUGUAGGAAAUAUGGUUGUAUUUGCCUGAACAAUAAACCCCCGGAUAAUUCGUAUUUGCUAUGGCUUCCACACUUCGCGAUGGGAAAAAGCGCCAAUCGUGAAGGUGGUAUGACGACGCAUUUAUAUUCUUGCAUUGAAACGUGUACUUUUCGCCUUUUAAAACCGGUUUAUAUAGCGAUUGUACUACUUUCACGUGUUUUGUUAAACGUGUACACCUUAUUCAUAUGCUUUGUGAUUACCCAGGUGCUCUGGGUCUACCGCGAUCGCAAUACCAGGGUGCUGAUACAUGAUAUUUAUCAGCAUUCCAAUAAGUAUCAUCGUGUAACAAAACAACAACUGACUUAA